AUGAGCGACGAUGAGGAGUUGCAGCUCGCCAUCGAAAUAUCAAAGCAGACUUUCAAAGACGAGCAAAAGCUGAGGUCGACCGACUGUGAUUUGAUUCGAUUUGAGUCUCCAGACGAGCCGGCACGACGAAACAAGAUUAACCAGAUAAAACAGUUAUACGAUUCGCACUCUCCAAGCCCAGGGACAUCGUCAUAUACAGGGUCCCUCGCCACAAGUCCCACUGACUUCCGUCCAGUCUACAAUGAUCCACGUGGUAAUGUAGGGUCUCUCCCACACUCGCAAUCAUAUCCACACAACUAUUUCACCGCUUGGCAAACUGCUCCAUCCCAGCAGCCACCACCACUCCCCGGUCCUCCACGUCCCCCGAAACCGGACCAAUACAAAUUCCCACCAGGACCAUCGGUGACAUUGCUUCAAGACCGGUACUUUGUGCCACCACCGCCACCAUUACCUCCAAGACAGUCAAGAGCCCCCAAAUCACCGCCGGUAGCAAUUCAACGUCCGGUUUCUUCCACACCGUUGAGACAUUCUGCACCAGCUUUCGGAAGUCAGAAUCAAACUUUGUCGCCUAUCAAGCACUUCGAGACCAGUUUCGACUCAACAAUCGAAUCAACUGUAGAUGAAAGUGCCAACUAUGACCAUAGCGUUCAGUACCAACCGCUAACUCAUCUUUAUGUGCCAUACGUGAUGCAAAGUCUGAACUCGUCUUAUGGAGCACUUCUUAAUGGUGACUUGAUUGAUUUGAGUUGUACGGAGAAUACUUCGAUUGUUUCCCAAGAUGAGAUCAGAAAGGAAUUCGAUCCUCUGUACAUAUCCACUUAUUCUGCUGAGACACCCUCCCCGAAUAGCUCGAUGCCGGCUGUUCAAAUUUUCCAUGCCAAGCCAAUCGAAGAACCAAAAUGCAUUGGAGAUGUAAAGUUAAAACCUUCAGAGAACAUUCAGUUCCCUUCAUCCUCGUUUUCCCUGAUUGAAUGUUCAAAUGUGAUUGAAGAACAAGUGAAGACGAUAUGCAAGCGAAAUUUGAUCCAGAAGGAUAUGACUCCAGAAUUCUUCAUUGCGCCAACUGUUGAUUACAUGACAACUACAGCCAGUACAGUGAAAGUUGUGGUCUACAAGGACUUUGGCUGGAAAACAAAUGACCGAAAAGGAAAAGCGAUGAUUUGCGCAAUCGAGCAAACGAUGGACAUUAUUACCGCUCAAGCACUUUCUUCUUUCGACUCCAAUUUGGCAGAAGACAAAGAAUAUGGGUUGAAGAUCUACGGCUUGAAUCAGUUUCUUGCAAAGGAUAGUCUAUUAGGAUCCAAUUUGUACACUGGACACUGCCUACUAAACGGAGACGAUGUGAAGUUAGAAGUGGGCAUUUUCGAGCCGCAAUCCAGAGUUUAUGAGCAUAUGCUUGAAUCUUGGAAUUCUAUGAAAAGUCAAGUACGAUACUCAACAAUCGUCGACAAGGAAGAUGUAGAGAACACUUUUGGUCACUUAGUGUCCGAGAUGGCGCAGUACGAGAAGGCGUUCAAUGAUGGUUCAACUUUGAAAUUAUCCGCCUCAUCACAAAGAGUCAAACAAGUCAUCAUGCUCCUCUGCAAAUGUCUCCAUGGAAUCGUUCCCGAAAAGUUGUACAACGAGAUGCAAAAGUAUCUGGCAGCAACGACGGAAGAUCAACUGUCUCAACACCGCAAUGACUUCCUUCGUGAAGUGCACUCGUUUCUCGAACUCUACUGCAAAUGCACCGUCAGUCGAUACACCCUCCCACCACUUCAAAUCGUCACAAAACCGAAAGUAGAAGUGUUAUCGAAAAUGGAUUACUUGCAAGUCAUGCUGAAUUCCAUCCAUUCUGUUCCGGAGAGCUGGCAGAGGGAUUACUCCGAGUUCUACAUGUCGGUUGACUUGUAUUAUGGAACGCAAGUGCUUGAUGGGCAUAGUAACAAAAUGCCAAAGACGAUUAAGACGGAUCAGUUUUUCCCAAGAAUUCCAUUGGAUCUUUAUGCCAAAUUUACACGCCUCCAUCUUUGCACCUACCCGAGGGAAACCAGAAUUGUUGUAUCGAUCAGUGGAACUGUCAAGAAUAGCGCUCAACCCGCCAAUGACUUCAACCCGGAUAUCGUGAUGCUUGGUUACUGCUCUGUUCCACUUUAUGAUGAAAAUUUAUUCAUGCGACAAGGACCUCUCUACCUGCCAUUAACCCUUAUGAAGAAACACCCGAUGCUGAAACCAUUCGGACCCUACCCAUACAUCAAAGACGCCCGAGAUCCAAUCCUCAUUCUCAGUUUUAAAAUUUGGGAGAGUGAAAUCUACUUCCCGAACGUUAUCAUCGAUAUGCAGUGUAUUCCACAAGACUUCUCCACUCUUGACAUUGAAACUCAGGAAUAUCUGAUGGAGAUGAUUGAAAAUCAAGAUCCAUCACGAUUGGAGUUGGAUGAUCAGGAUUUGAUAUGGCAGAAGAGGUUACACUUGACAAAUCAGCCAGAAGCACUACCACUGGUCUUGUCUUCUUUGCAAGAUUGGAGUUUUGGAUUUGUGAUGAGGGUUUAUCAGAUUUUGGAGGAGUGGGCACCGUUGAGACCUGAAAUCGCAAUGGAGUUAUUGCUACCACAGUAUCCCGAUGAACGAGUGCGUGCUCACGCCGUGCAAUCCUUGGCUAGAGGCUCCACUGACUUCCUCUACCAUACCAUACCUCAGUUCAUUGAAGCACUCCGAUUCGAACUCUACGAGAAGUCAGCGCUUGCCGAUUUCAUCUUAGAACUCUCUUUUGUCAGUUUGGACUUUACUUUUGAAAUCUACUGGCAACUUCAACAACGAGUAGACCACUGUGCAGUGGAUGAUCUACCCUAUGCAAUCAGAUGCCAGAAUCUCCAACAGAAAAUCAUUGAUGAGCAUGAGAGUCCUGACUUGAAGACGGAUAUCAAGUUGCAACAUGACUUGCUGAAUGAGUUGGAUGCGAUUCAAGAUGAUUUGAGGUCGAAAACCGCGGAGAGCGAUUAUGAGAAGUUGCAACGUCUGAGAACUCGUAUGGGUCUACUGGAUUCUCAACUCCUACAGAACAAAGUGCGCCUUCCGAUUUGUCCAGCGUUCGACUGUACUGGUGUGAGGAUCGAGGAGUGCAAUAUUUUCAAUUCAAAUGCAAAACCUCUGAAAAUUGUCUUCCGAGGCAUUCACUCCAAUUAUUCCAUCAUUCAUAAGCGAGACGAUGACAUGCGACAAGACGCGUUCGUGAUGAAAAUGGUCAACGAGAUGGACAGAAUCUGGAAAUCCAACGGGCUAGACCUGCGGAUGAUCACUUUUCGUAUCAUGCCAGUCGGGUACCGGCGAGGAAUGGGAGAGCUCGUGUUGAAUUGUGCAACUCUACUCGAGAUUCAGAAAGAAGACGGUCUGCGUGGAGUGCUGAACGAUGAAGUGUUGAGGAAAUGGCUUGUGAAACACAAUAGCGAUGAGUUCGCCUAUAAGGAGGCUCAGGAGAAUUUCAUUAGGUCCUGCGCAGGAUGGUGUAUUGUCACCUAUGUGUUAGGAAUUGGUGAUAGACAUAAUGACAACAUUCUGUUCACUAAAAAUGGACAUGUUUUCCAUAUUGAUUUUGGAAAGUACAUGGGUGACUGGCAAAUGGCUGCAGGAUUCCGACGAGAUCGUGUACCGUUUGUUUUCACAUCAGAAAUGUUCUUCGUUAUCAAUGGUGGCAAGUCACAAACCCAACACUACCAGAAGUUCAUCGACUACUGUUGCAAAGCAUUCAAUCACUUGAGACGCAAUAAGAAUACAUUGACUAACUUGUUGAGACUUAUGGCAUGCUCUGACAUCGCUGGAAUCAACUUGGACUCUAUCGCGUUUGUAGAGAAAAAUUUGAUGCUGGAUCUCUCUGAAACAGAUGCAACUGUCCAGUUCACCGCCAUGAUCCAAAACUCGUUGAAUAGCUCGUUCGUCCGGUUGAACUUUGUCGCUCACACAUUUGCACAAUUCAUGUCGUCUAGUGCAAGUUUUUCGAAACGAGAUCAGAACAAGCUCAGUUUUGUUCCGGAGUUGUACACAGAAAAAACGGAUGGCCGAAUUUCCAAAGUGACUGUCGUGACAUUCGAGAAGCAUUGUAUCCCCAACAAGAUUUAUAUGUACAAACUCGAGGUGCAUCGUAAGAAUGUGGCAGUUUCCUCAUACAUCUAUCGAUCGUUUGCUGAGUUUGAAGAGUUGCACACUAAGCUGAGGGAACGAUUCCCAAUAAUGGCAUCGUCAUUGAUCACAAGUUCCAACAUGAGGUCGAAUGUAAGAGCCAUUGCUCAGAAACGGAUGAUUCAUGUCCAGCAGUUCCUGAUCUAUUUGUUCCGACAAGUGGAUGAGAUUUGUCAUUGCGAUUUAGUGUACACUUUCUUCCACUCAAUCCUUCGAGACAAUAAGUGCGAUACUUAUAUCGACUAUUCACCUAUGCCAUCGCCUCAUUGCCAGAUCUACUUGAAAGUUCAAUAUAACAGUGCAAAGGAGACAUUGAACGUGUUCAUCGGCCAUGUAAAACACCUGUCACUCCUUCAAACUGGUCAACCUCCAGAUCCAUAUGUAAAAACCUACGUGCGUCCUGAUUUACAAAACUACUCAAAACGAAAGACGCAAGUUGUCCGUGCCACCCAGCAUCCUACAUUCAAUCAAGAGCUUUCAUACGAAGGAUUCCCAUCCAACCUUCUCUCCACACGGGUACUCGAAGUAAGCGUCUGGAACAAUGGCGGUCUCAUGGACAAUCACAAAAUGUACAUGGUAUGCAUUCCAUUGCUAAAAAUCCACAACCUCCCGGAGAAUCGAAAAUCGACUCGAGUACUGGAAGGCUGGUUCCAGUGCGACAAAUAUAUUUAG